AUGGCAACCAAAGCCCCGCCGAUCAUCGCAACCAGAACAUCCCAAUGUCUCUGCAAAUCGAUCAGAAUCGAAGUCACAGGACAAGACAAAGGCUCCGUGCUAUGCCAUUGCAAUAACUGCAAGCAAACCUCCGGAAGCUCAUUCAUGCACAAUCACAGAUUCACGAAAUCCGAGGUUAAAGUCCUCGAGGGCAAGAAUCUUUUGAAAGCGUACAAGGACUCUGACACGAAGAGUGGGAAUACGCUAUCGCGGUACUUUUGUGGGAAUUGUGGAUCGUCGCUUUAUUUGACGAAUUCUGCGAUCAAGGGCUUUGUGGCUUUACACUGUGGGAAUCUUGAAGGGAUGAAAAUGAGGCCUAUAAUGGAGUUGUUUCCGGAAGACAAACCGAGCUGGAUUGGAAAUGUCUUGGAGGAGAAGGCCAGGCUAUGA